ACUAUAGAUUUGAAUAAUCAAAAGAAUCCAAGCAGCUUACUAUUAUUUGCUGGCACUGCUGCUUGCAGACUUGCAUAUGGUCCUAUGAGAUCACAAGUGUAAACCCCCUUUUCAAUUUUCUCAUUUAUUUGCCUUGUUUCUUUUAAAUUUUCUUCCCUCCUUGGCCAACAAAGUUAGCAACUUUACUCUAAAAUCACUUAAAAUGGUGACCAACUCAGUCACCAAAUCAGUGUAUUUCUUGAGCUUAGUGUUAGUUUUAGGUGCCCAGUUGAUCCAAUCUUCUGUUACUUAUGAUAACAAGGCAAUUAUCAUUAAUGGGCACAGAAGAAUCCUCCUCUCUGGCUCUAUACAUUAUCCAAGAAGUACCCCAGAGAUGUGGGAAGAUCUUAUUUUGAAGGCUAAGAAUGGAGGAUUAGAUGUCAUUGAUACCUAUGUUUUUUGGAAUGUUCAUGAACCUUCUCCUGGCAAUUAUGAUUUUAGGGGAAGAUAUGAUAUUGUGAGGUUUAUUAAGACAGUGCAAAAAGCUGGGCUCUAUGUUCAUCUUCGAAUUGGACCAUAUGUUUGUGCUGAAUGGAAUUUUGGGGGGUUUCCUGUAUGGUUAAAGUAUGUUCCUGGCAUUAGCUUCAGAACAGAUAAUGGACCAUUCAAGGCUGCUAUGCAAGGUUUUACCCAAAAAAUUGUUCAGAUGAUGAAGAGUGAAAGACUGUUUGAAUCGCAGGGAGGGCCUAUAAUCUUAUCUCAGAUUGAAAAUGAGUACGGUGCAGAAAGAAAUGCACUAGGUGCUGCUGGUGCAUCAUACAUAAAUUGGGCCGCGAAGAUGGCUCUUGGACUUGAUACAGGAGUGCCUUGGGUGAUGUGCAAGGAAGAGGAUGCACCUGACCCCAUUAUAAAUGCCUGCAACGGAUUCUACUGUGAUGCAUUUUCGCCAAACAAACCUUACAAGCCCAAGAUGUGGACUGAGGCUUGGAGCGGCUGGUUCACUGAGUUUGGCGGUCCAAUCUACCAACGACCAGUUCAAGAUUUGGCAUUUGCCGUGACACGUUUCAUGCUUAAAGGUGGAUCAUACGUGAAUUACUACAUGUUCCACGGGGGUACCAACUUUGGUCGCAGUGCUGGUGGUCCUUUUAUCACAACCAGCUAUGACUAUGAUGCUCCAAUUGAUGAAUAUGGUUUGAUCAGGGAACCAAAAUAUGGCCACUUAAAGGAACUUCACAAGGCUAUUAAACUAUGUGAACAAGCACUGGUUUCUUCAGAUCCUAAUGUCAUAUCCAUAGGAAAAUAUCAGCAGGCCCAUGUAUUCUCUGGUGAUCAUGGACAUUGUGCAGCUUUUCUCACAAACAUUGAUAACAACUCUGCUGCGAGGGUGAAAUUCAAUAACAAGCAUUAUAAUUUGCCUCCUUGGUCUGUCAGCAUCCUUCCUGAUUGCAUAAAUGUAGUCUUCAACACUGCUAAAGUUAAAAGUCAAACGUCACGGAUUCAAAUGCUGCCAACCAAUUCUUUCUUGCAUUCUUGGCAGACUUUUGAUGAAGAUAUAAUGUCUUUAAGUAAAAGUUCCACAUUCACAGUGACAGGGCUUCUGGAACAGCUAAAUGUAACUAGAGAUAACAGUGACUAUUUGUGGUACAUGACAAGCAUUGACGUAAAGUCAUCUGAAUCAUUUCUUCGAGGAGGACAGAAACCCACUCUUGCUGCGGAGUCGAGAGGUCAUGCAGUACAUGUCUUUGUCAACGGGCAGUAUUCAGGUUCUGCCUAUGGUACCCGGGAGAACAUGAAAUUUACAUUUACUGGACCAGUCAACUUGCGCGCUGGAACAAAUAAAAUUGCACUACUUAGCGUUGCUGUUGGAUUACCUAAUAUUGGGUUGCGGUUUGAGACUUGGAAUACUGGAAUUAUGGGACCAGUUUCGCUACAUGGAGUUGACCAGGGGAGGAGGGAUCUAUCAUUUCAAGAAUGGACCUAUAAGGUUGGACUGAGAGGAGAGUCAAUGAAUUUGGUUUCUCCAAGUCAAAGAUCAGCUGUUGAGUGGGUUGGAGGAUCACUAUUUAACCGUGUCCAGCAGCCACUGACAUGGUAUAAGGCUUACUUUGAUGCACCAGAAGGCAAUGAGCCAUUGGCAUUGGACUUGAGAAGCAUGGGCAAAGGUCAAGCUUGGAUCAACGGGCAAAGCAUAGGCAGAUAUUGGAUGGAAUAUGCAAAUGGAAAUUGCGGUGUCUGCAAGUAUGCUGGAACUUACCGAGCCCCAAAAUGCCAGCAAGGCUGCGGUCAACCAACUCAAAGAUGGUAUCAUGUACCCAGAUCUUGGUUGAAUCCAAAACAAAAUCUUCUGGUACUUCUUGAAGAACUAGGUGGAGAUGCAUCAAAGAUAACUCUAUCAAAAAGAACAACUGGAAGUGUUUGCGCUGAUACAUUUGAGCACCACCCAACUGUUGAGAAUUGGAAAAUCGAUAAUACUGGUGAACCAAAAAUGCUUGGAGAGGUUAACCUUCAUCUAAGGUGUGCCCCAGGCCAGUCAAUAUCAGCCAUAAAAUUUGCAAGCUUUGGAACUCCAACGGGAACUUGUGGAAAUUUUCAAAAGGGGGCUUGCCAUUCACCAAAUUCUCAUGCCAUCGUAGAGAAGAUGUGCGUGGGCAAGGAGAGCUGCAAAGUUACUGCAUCAAAUAAUUACUUCCAAGCAGAUCCCUGUCCCAAUGUGUUGAAGAGGCUAUCAGUUGAAGCUGUUUGUUCUGGUAAACUGUGACGAAAGCCACUUGACUCAAAACAACAGAAUGGUGCUUUAAGUGUAAUUAUUGUCAGAUGCGUUCAGAAACAAGGAGGAGGUUGUGAUUCAACAGACAAGACUGGUGCUUCCACUAGUUAGAGAUCGUUCAGAGAUAAUCAGGUCACUUUCUAUACAUAAUUAUUGGUUGUGAAGUAGGUGCUAUAGAAUUUUAUUCAAAUUCUUGUCCUACAUCCAUACUCAAGAAGUCGACAACUUCCUCUAAUGAAUGGGUGAUUGUCUUCGAAGUGUCUGCUUAGCCUUGUAGUCGUUUGUAUAUUACAAGACCGCUGUAUGAAAUCCAAGUGAUAGUAGUAUUUAUCUCAA